CGGGGGAUAAAAAAGGAAAACACGCUGAUGUUUUGACGAUGACAUUCGGGUUAUAACUGAAGUAAGAUGUCUAAUAAGUCGUUGGUAGAUGACUCGAAUAAUCACCGCGUUGAUUGUAAAGACGGCGGACCAACUAGGGAUCGUUUGUCGACUUCAGAUCAAUCGUUGAAAGCCGCUUGGUACGAUUAUUUGUGGAUUUUCGGCAGUGUGGGUUUCUAUAUAGCGGACGUUGUGACAGAUAUUUUGGUUUCUCUCAAGUAUUUCCGCAAUGGGGACCACAUCUGGUUUUCUCUUACACUCGCGUGUGUCAUGAGUGCUUCGUUAGUUAUGAUGAUGUUCUCACUAAAGUGGUAUUACGAAGACACGGCUGAAGAAGCCAGCAAAGCAACCAUAGUUGUUUUGCAUGUGCUACAACUUGGCCCGUUGCAAAGGUACUGGGAGUAUUACAGAAGUGCCAGGCGGAGCAGGAAGGAAACUCCAGAUAGAAAUGCCUAUAGUAUAUACAUUGAACAAUGGCGUGACAUUGCAAUGCUACGAUUAUUUGAAGUAUUUAUUGAAUCAGCACCACAAAUGGUUCUUCAGCUGUAUAUUUUAGCAUAUAACAGGCAUUUUGACAAAGACAAUGAUUGGUUGACAGCACUUUCUGCUUGUUUCUCAUUGAUAUCUUUGGCGUCAUCAAUCGUCAGUUAUUCCAAAGCCCAACGAGAUGCAUCGAAAAAUAAAGGCAAGAUGACAUGGUGGGCCUUCGCUUGUCAGAUUGCUUGGCGCAUAACGAUGGUGGCAUCACGUAUUGUUACCCUUGUCCUCUUUGCCUCAGUCUACACAUCUUGGAUCUUUCUUUUCAUUUGUCUACAUUGGUUUUUAAUGGCGUUCUGGAUACGUUGGCAGAAGCCAUCCUUUGGUUCCAAGAAUAAAAUCCUGAAAUUUAUGUUUCCAAUCGUUGUGGGAUUCAUAUAUGUUUUUUGUUUUUUCAAUGUGAAAGAUGGGUUCACUAGAAAACGUUUGAUAUUGUUCUAUGCUUUAAUGUUUGUGGAGAACUGUGUCCUUAUGGGAGCCUGGUUACCUUACCGCCACGAGUAUGGUGUAGUAUUUGUGGCAGCUUUAGGAACGGUAUUUGGUGGUUUUUUUAUUGGUGUUAUUGCUUUGGUUUUGUAUUACCAUUGUUACCACCCUAGCUUAUCGAUACAAGGGAUAAUCUUUCGGACAUCACACGAUGUUCCGACUGUUGCAGGUAUUGUUGAACGUAAGAUCUGCUGUUGUGUUGUACGAUCCUAUGAAGAUGAAGAUGAAGAGUCAUUAACGCCAAAAGGAAAAGAAAUACUUGUAGAUAUUCGUGCAAGUAAGGGCUCUCUCCGGCCUGGUGUUGCCCAGGGGAACAGGACCUCCAGCCGCUCUCCGCCUUUGGAAAGCGAGCUCUUGUAUCACAAGCCCUCGCAACUGCAGAAGCAAUAUUCGCUGGAUAGAGAAAAGAUAAAAAGGGAAAAGGCUGAGAGAGCAAAGUGGAGGCAUAGUUCGGGAAACGUUGUAGAAAAUGGUGUUACGAAAUCAGUUGUAGUAGCUUCAGAGCGAAGAAGUCUUCCUAAAGAAAUUGAAAUGAAUCAAAUUCGGGGUGGUGAAACAAGACGUGAAAACGGACAUGUAUGUUCUGUGGAUAUUCAUACGCCAAGGGAUCGUCAACCUAAUGAUGGUCAUUGUACAAUCUUAGUUAAUUCUCAUGUGCCUUCUGAAAGACAUAAUUCAAGCAGUGUUGUAAACAUUGACCCAGAUUUGCAACCGACUCAUAAUAUUGAUUUGAAUUACAAUAGAUCUAAUGUAAUCCGAAAUGACGGACAUAAGAUUGGAGCUGUUGUGGCCUCAAAGACAUGUAAUGAUGGGAUUCACUGUGGUACUGAUGAUGAGAAAGAGACUGAAGCAUGUGAUGAUGGGAUACAUUGUGGUACUGAUGACGAGCAAGAGACUGGGACAUGUGAUGACGGGGUCCACUGUGGUACAGACAAUGAAAGAGACACUGGGACAUGUGAUGAUGGGAUUCAUUGUGGUACUGACGAUGAGAAAGAGACUGGGACAUGUGAUGAUGGGAAACACUGUGGUACUGACGAUGAGAAAGAGACUGGGACAUGUGAUGAUGGGAUUCACUGUGGUACCGAUGAUGAGAAAGAGACUGGGACAUGUGAUGAUGGGAAACACUGUGGUACUGACGAUGAGAAAGAAACUGCGACAUGUGAUGAUGGGAUUCACUGUGGUACCGAUGAUGAGAAAGAGACUGGGACAUGUGAUGAUGGGAUUCACUGUGGUACUGACGAUGAGAAAGAAACUGCGACAUGUGAUGAUGGGAUUCACUGUGGUACCGAUGAUGAGAAAGAGACUGGGACAUGUGAUGAUGGGAAACACUGUGGUACUGACGAUGAGAAAGAGACUGGGACAUGUGAUGAUGGGAUUCACUGUGGUACCGAUGAUGAGAAAGAGACUGAGACAUGUGAUGAUGGGAAACACUGUGGUAAGGACAAUGAAAAAGAGGGUGGGACAUGUGAUGAUGGGAUUCACUGUGGUACCGAUGAUGAGGAAGAGACUGGGAAAUGUAAUAAUGGGGUAAGUUGUGGUACAGAUGAUAGAAAAGAGAGUGGGACAUGUGAUGAUGGGAUUCAUUGUGGUACAGAUGAUGAGGAGGACACUAAGGCUCCACUAUCAACGAAACGUUUGCCUGGGAUAAAUCAUGAAAAUAUCAAAAUGGAAAUUAGUAAAGCUAAACAUUCGAAAACGCUUCAGGACACAGAAGGUAGUUUGAGGAAUUGUCCGACGGGCGAGACGCUCACGUUAGAAGAUAGUGAUGUUUCAAACGUCGAAGAUCUAUUUGCACCAUUAAAGCAACUGAGUGAAAAUUCUGACAGUGUAAAAUUCCACCACCGUUACAGCAUUGUGUCUGAUUGCAUCUCGCUAUCUUCAUCGAACUCAUCUGAAAAUGAAGAAAGCAAAUAUUUAGGGAAAAAACGCGAUUGGAACGAUGGUUCCUUUAUUUAUAAAUAUCCACACUCAGAUGUUACAGAUUCAAAUGUAAAACAAUUUUUUUGCCAAGAUGAGUCUGAAGCAGCUUCUGGCGACUUGCAGUGUACAUUAUAUACAGAAUCCUUCCAGAAAAGGUACGGCGCAAAGCAAAGCCCGAUACCCCGCUCUAAUGAGCGAAGAAGUAAGCGAUCUAACCGAAUUAGUUUUCCGAACUUUGUUGCCACUAAUUUAAGACGUGGGCGGUUUUCGUCGUUGCGAAAUUCACGCGAAGAUUGCACGAAACGAGGCGAAGAUACCCGACGACAUACUGUAGAUUUUUCUCUCCUUACCUCGGAAAGCCCUGAAGCCCUGGAAGCAUUGUCCAAAACCCUGAAGCCAAAGAAGUUUGGUUCGGUUCGUGACAAGCUGGAAGAGUUACAUUUAGACUAAUACUCGAGUGGGGAAAACUCUUCGCAGACAAAUUAAAGCACCGAUGUAUACAAACCCUGGGUAUAACGCAUCGUUUUGAAUUGAUUAUCCCAAUUUUAAUUAAAGCCAUGAAUAUUUCUGUUUAGGUCGGAUUUUCUAAUGUGUACCGAACUGGGGAUAAUUUCUUGGUUUUGCUUAUGAGCAUGAUGCGAAAUAGAGUUUCCAAUAUUUUAUAUUAUUGAAAUGUAUUAUGAUGAGUCUCCUGGCGGCUUGUGAGGUGCUCUCAACUAGGCAACCCAUGAAAAUUGAAACGACUAAGAAGGCGGUUGAAUUUAAAAAAUUCUUAGGUAAUCAUUUCCAUGCAACAUCUAAAUGCCGUGAAACUUUGUACUCACCUCCGGCCAUUUCCGCCAUAAGCUUGAUCUGUUCAUUAUAGCAGAUGCGUAAUCCAGUCUCUUUUAUAUAUCAUUGACCUGAAGACUUAAAACAAAUGACCUUCCGAAGUCUGGAAGUGAAAUAAAAAUCCACAAAAGAGUUUGCAUU